GUCUGUUGGUUUUCGACAGCCGGGAAGCCUCUGAGCUCACCAGUCUGAGCAGGAACGGUCUGGGAAAACCGAGCCGACUGGCCAGGAAGUCUGGACUCCUCAUCCCAGCCAGACCCACCUGCAGAAGAGAUGAAAAGUUGCAGGAGGUUUGAGUAUCAGGAUUUUUUUGACUUGAGCCCUGUGCGUGUGCAGUGAUUUCCAGAAUGUCCGUUGGUGUUGAUGGUGGUGGGUGAACAGCUGCAGGAGGGGCUUUGUCAGAUAAGGAUGGUAUUAGGUAAAGGCCAUUAAUGUCCUGUGGAUUAUUGUAAUCCAGCCUCUCUAUCACUUCUGGCUUGGUUGCUCAGUCCACAGUUGGGCUCGUCUGGUUUGAGGCAGGUUGGAAGAUGGCACUCAACGCGCAGUGUUUCCUGCUGACCCUGCUUCUUCUGGAAGCUAACGUGUUGGUCAGCAUUUAUGCUCAAGAGGCGGGUGUGUCCGAGGCAUGGACCAGCAGGUCUUGCAAAUGUGACUGUGAAGGAGGAGAAUCCCCGACUGAGUUUUCCUCCAUUGCGUCUGGCUCGACCAUGGUGCGAGGAGUGGACUGCAUGCCAGAGUGUCCAUACCACAAGCCUCUAGGCUUAGAGGCCGGAUCGCUGAGCGCAGACCAGAUCACCUGCUCCAACCAGGACCAGUACACCGGCUGGUUUUCCUCUUGGCUCCCAAGUAAGGCCCGGCUGAACACCCAGGGCUUCGGGUGUGCCUGGCUGUCUAAGUUCCAGGACAGCAGCCAGUGGCUGCAGGUUGACCUGCGGGAGGUGAUGGUGGUGUCAGGGAUCCUCACUCAGGGCCGCUGUGACGCUGACGAGUGGGUCACCAAGUACAGCGUUCAGUACCGCACCGACGAAAAACUCAACUGGAUCUAUUACAAGGACCAGACUGGAAACAACAGGGUGUUUUACGGAAACUCCGACCGCUCCUCGUCCGUGCAGAACCUUUUGCGGCCGCCCAUCGUGGCACGCUACAUCCGCAUCCUCCCCCUCGGAUGGCACACGCGCAUCGCUCUGCGCCUGGAGCUGCUGCUCUGCAUGAACAAAUGCUACUGAACCUCUCCUCCCGCCGUCCCCGAGGCCUUGUCCCCAAAAAUUCAUCUCUACCUAAAGCCCCAUCGUCACAGUGCGGUCUGAUAUAAUAUCCACAGAUUUGGCCCCCUCCAGCUACAUGUGUACAAAAACAGUUUGAGACAAAAAUAUUCUGUUUAAAACCAUUUUGAAAUACAAACUAAACAGUUUGACUUAUGUGAUUUCAUUAAAAUAUGCUCAAGGAGUUUUCAUUCUCUCCACUCUCCAUUGUCUGUGCUAAGCCAGUCUCACACUGGGGGCUUUAAUUUGGUGACUUCUCAAUUGAUUGUUCCAUUUGCAAUGAAAUGGCAUGAACUCAAAGCAGUAAUUAGGCAUGGAGAGGGAGAGGCAGCGUUGCGAUGGAGGUUCUAUCCACAGGUCUGAGACAAGCUCUUCCGAAACACUUGUGUCCUUCUGUGACAGGUCAAUUAAUUUCUGUCUCCUGCUGUUUAAUGGUAAACAGGGAAUUUACAGGUCUGCACCUCUCAGUCAGUCUCUCCUCCGUUUUCUCCUUAAAGGGUAAGGCUGGUGAUGUCCUAUAUUUUUCUUACCAUCAACAAAAACCGAAAAAAAAAAUUAAAAAAUGAAUUGAUCCUAUGAAAAAAUAUUGUCUGCGUGGCCAAAGACUGACAGUUUAUUCCAUAUUACGUUUUAUUAAUCCCAGUAGGUGACAUUUCCCUUCAUUACAAAGAUCUACAGUGCCCAUCACUGUAGUUUAUUUGGAGUCAAUAACUUAUACACUGUCCUCCUGCUUUAAAUACUAAAUGUGUGUCAAACGUGUAUUAAUCUGCAGCUGGAAAUAGUCGCCGACAAUGCACCAUUCACUCCUGUUUGAGUAGUUUUUGCUAAAAACUACAGUCCCCAGCUGUUUGAGGAAAAUAUUUAAACUUUUUUCAAUAUAAAGAUAUAUAAUUGUGACCCACUCUUUGGAUCUUUAUCUUCAGUAUGAACAAAUGGUCUUGGGUGCCAAAGCCAGAGAGUAUUCAGAAAAGGACUAACACGUCGUUUAUUUCGGUCUUUUCGUGGGAUUUGUUGAUAAUAAGAAAAAUGGAGAACACUGCCAGACAUUUUCUUCAAAUAUGCCUGUGAUUUCACUUCCUAUUUUCUCUUUUUUGUUUGUAAACACUCAGAAUUUUUACCUCAGGUGCUUUUUCAGUGCAAUAUAAAGAUCGUGGGGUGGAAAAUUCACUACUAUUCAGAUGUGGUUUUGUUUUGUGGUUAACCCGUUUUUUUUUUUUUUGAUUAGUUUUUUUUAACUUUUCAAUUCAAUU